GGCCGUACCACGGCCGUCCGCGCCGAGGGGGGAGCUCCGGAGGGGGGAGGUGUUGGUAGAGGCCAAGGGCGCCGUUGGUUGCGGGCUCGCGAAGAGGACAGCGGCAUGGCGGCCUUGGGGUCCCCGGCGCGCACGCUGCGAGGCCUUCUGCGGGAGCUGCGCUACCUAAGCGCGGCCAGCGGGCGGCCGUACCGCGACACCGCGGCCUACCGGUACCUCGUGAAGACGUUCCGCGCACACCGGGUAACCAGUGAGAAGUUGUGCCGAGCCCAACAUGAGCUUCAUUUCCAAGCUGCCACCUAUCUCUGUCUCUUGCGCAGCAUUCGGGAGCACGUGGCCCUUCAUCAGGAAUUUCAUGGCAAGGGUGAGCGCUCCGUGGAGGAGUCUGCUGGUUUGGUGGGUCUACAGUUGCCCCAUCAGCCUGGAGGGAAGGGCUGGGAGCCAUGAACAUGGAGAGUCCUCAGAUGUUAACUUCCUUUGAGAAUUUACUCAUUUCUACCAAUAUGUAUUUAUCAUUAAAUUGUUUUUUAAAAAGUU